AGCGUCUUCCCCAGCAUGCUCAACGUGGCCGCCAACCACCCCAACGCGUCCACCGUGGGGCUGCUGCUGCCGCCCGCCGCCGGCGCCGCGGGCAGCCGCCUGCUGGUGGGAGCCACGUUCACGGGCUUCGGCAGCGCCUUCUUCCCGCGCAACCACAGCCUGGAGGACCACCGCUUCGAGAACACGCCCGAGAUCUCCAUCCGCUCGCUGGACGCCGCCGGCGACCCGGCCAAGCUCUUCACCUACGACCUCAACCCGUCCGACGACAACAUCUUCAAGAUCAAGCAGGGCGCCAAGGAGCAGCACAAGCUGGGCUUCGUGCGCGCCUUCCUGCACCCGCCCGCCGCCGCGCCGCCCUACGCCUACCUGGCGCUCAACAGCGAGGCGCGCGCGGGCGACAAGGACGGCCAGGCCCGCAGCCUGCUGGCCCGCAUCUGCCUGCCCCGCGCCGCCGACGGCGACCCCGAGAAGCUCACCGAGUCCUACGUGCAGCUGGGCCUGCAAGGGCUGCCGUCUGCGGUGCGCUCCCCUGUCAGCCGCCAUCUGUCUCAGCCCCUGAGUGAAAGGCCAGGGCGGGUUCCCGUGACUCUGGCUGGUACAGUGACCCGAAGCCCGGCCUGUGGCCCGCAGGGUCAUGAGAGGUGGCGUGAAGGGGCCCGGGAAGCCGUGGAGGAGCAGGAGGAAGCUGGGGAAGUUGAGGACCAGGAGGCAGCAUCCCGUGCAGAGGGGGCACCGGGCAGAGGCCUGCAGAGAGAGGCUGGAGGACCCACGGGGGGGGGCAGCAUGCUGGGGGGAGUGGAGUCAGCACAGCCUCCCAGCAGUGGGGAGGCGCGGAGGAGUCUGUGGGAGCACUGUGAUCCGUCCAGCGUGGGCAGCAAGGAGACCUCCUGGGAACGGGAGGGGGCAGCACACCUGCGGCGCGCAGCAGACUCCUGGAAGGACAUGUGCAAUGAGCCCAGAGCUGGUGUGUCUAGGAAGAGGACCCUGACCCCCAGGGAGAUGGCCCCUCCAGGUCUAGGCCUCGUGUCUCGGCCUCCGCUGUCGCAGGAGACAAGGCCCCAUGUGCCGGGGACUCAGGCCGUGGGGGCCAGGGUCACCCUGAGCGAGGCCUUGGGGGCCCGGAGCCAGGCCGAGGUUUAUGGGAGCAGCAAGGUUGAGACGAUCCUCCUGCAUCGACCUCCCAAGCAGCCGGGACCACAGGCUCGUGCCCCUGUGCCACCCCGGCCUCUUCGGGGUCAGGCCACCAGUCCCUUGCCAGCUCUCGGCCGCCCUCACGCCAUGCCCUCCUCCAGUCCCCGCCCUGUGGCCCCGGGACCUGAGCAGAGGCCGGGGCACAGCCUGCGGUGGGGAUGGGCCCUACUGUUGCUGUCGGAGCAGCUCGACUGCGGUGCUGCCCACCUGCAGCACCCGCUGUCCAUCCUGCAGCCCCUGAAGGCCUCGCCCGUGUUCCGGGCGCCGGGGCUCACGGCCGUGGCCGUGGCCAGCAUCAACAACUACACGGUGGUCUUCCUGGGCACUGCCAACGGGAGGCUCCUCAAGGUGAACCUGAACGAGACCAUGCAUGUGGUGAGCAGCCGCGUGCUGACCGUGGCCUACGGAGAACCUGUGCAUCACGUCAUGCAGUUUGACCCCACAGACCCUGGCUACCUUUACCUCAUGACCUCACACCAGAUGGCCCGGGUGAAGGUCGCGGCAUGCGAGGCGCACGCCACCUGCCGGGACUGCGUGGGCGCUGCCGACGCCUACUGCGGCUGGUGCGCUCUGGAGACACGGUGCACCCUGCAGCAGGACUGCGCCAACUCCAGCCAGCCCCAUUUCUGGACCAGUGCCAGUGAAGGCCCCGGCCGCUGCCCCUCCAUGACCGUGCUGCCCGCGGAGAUCAACGUGCGUCAGGAGUACCCGGGCAUGAUCCUGCAGAUCUCGGGCGGCCUGCCCAGCCUCAGCGGCAUGGAGAUGGCCUGUGACUAUGGAGGGGACAUCCGCACGGUGGCCCGGGUUCCGGGCCCCGCCUAUGACCACCAGCUGGCCUACUGCAACCUGCUGCCGCAGGCCCACUUCCCGCCCUUCCCUGACGCCCAAGAUCACGUGACUGUGGAGAUGGCCUUGAGGGUCAACGGGCGCAGCAUCGUCACGGCCAACUUCACCAUCUACGACUGCAGCCGCAUUGGACACGUGCGGCCCCGGGAAGCCUGCACCAGCUGCCUGUCGGCACCGUGGCCCUGCUUCUGGUGUGCACAGCAGCACACCUGUGUCUCCAACCAGUCUCGAUGCGAGGCCUCACCCAACCCCACGAGCCCCCAGGACUGCCCCCAGAUCCUGCCCAGGUCUCUGGCGCCGGUGCCCACCGGCGGCUCCCGGGACAUCCUGGUACCCGUGACCAGUGCUGCCGCCUUCCAUGGUACCGCGCUGGAGUGCAGCUUCGGGCUGGAGGAGAGCUUUGAGGCCGUGUGGGUGAACGAGUCAGUUGUCCGUUGCAACCAAGUCGUGCUGCACACGACACAGAGGAGCCAGGUGUUUGUCCUCAGCCUCCAGCUAAAGGGCCGAGCUGCCCAGUUUCUGGACAGCCCUGACCCCAUGACAGUUGAGGUCUACAACUGUGCGGUGGGCAGCCCCGACUGUUCCCAGUGCCUGGGCCGCGAGGACCUGGGCCACCUGUGUGUGUGGAGCGAGGGCUGCCGCCCGCGAGGCCCCCUGCAGCCGCCCCCUGGCACCUGCCCGGCCCCCGAGAUCCGCCUGAUUGAGCCACUGAGUGGCCCCUUGGAUGGUGGGACCCUGCUGACCAUCCGCGGCAGGAACUUGGGCCGGCGCCUUAGCGACGUGGCUCACGGCGUGUGGAUUGGCAGUGUGGCAUGUGAGCCGCUGGCUGACAGAUACACGGUGUCAGAGGAGAUCGUGUGCCGCACGGGGCCGGCCCCGGGUGCCUUCUCGUCGGUGGUGAGCGUGAACGCCUCCAAGGAGGGCCACUCGAGACAGCGCUUCUCCUACGUGCUGCCCACCGUCCACUCCGUGGAGCCCUUCAUGGGCCCCCAGGCCGGGGGCACGAGGAUCACCAUCCAAGGGAGCCAUCUGCACGUGGGCUCCGAACUGCAGGUCCUGGUGAACGACACGGACCCCUGCGUGGAACUCGUGCGCACGGAAAGCAGCAUCACCUGCACGGUGCCCGGAGGCGCCGCGCCCGCGCCCGUGCCCGUGUGCGUGCGCAUGGAGCGCCGGGGCUGCCUGCUCGGCAACCUCACCUUCCAGUACAUGCAGAACCCCGUGAUCAUCUCCAUCAGCCCCCGCCGCAGCCCCGUCAGCGGCGGCAGGACCAUCACCGUAGCCGGCGAGCGUUUCCACAUGGUACAGAACGUGUCCAUGGCUGUCCACCACAUUGGCCGCGAGCCCACGCUGUGCAAGGUCCUCAAUGCCACUCUGAUCACCUGCCCGUCGCCGGGGGCCCUGAGCAACGCCUCGGCGCCCGUGGACUUCUUCAUCAACGGGCAGGCCUACGUGGAUGAGGCGGCCCUGGCAGAGGAGCUGCUAGACCCGGCCCGGGGGCGGCGGGGCGGCCACUUCCGGCUGGACUACCUCCCCAACCCCCAGUUCUCCACCGCCAAGCGGGAGCGGUGGAUCAAGCACCACCCGGGGGAGCCUCUCACCCUCGUCAUCCACAAGGAGCAGGACAGUCUGGGGCUCGAGAGCCAUGAGUACCUGGUCAAGAUCGGCCAGGCGGCCUGCGACAUCCAGAUUGUCUCGGACAGGGUGAUCCACUGCUCCGUCAACGAGUCCCUGGGUGCGGCCGAGGGGCAGCUGCCCAUCACGAUCCAGGUGGGAAACUUCAACCAGACCAUCGCCACGCUGCAGCUAGGAGGCAGCGAGACGGCCAUCAUCGUCUCCAUCGUCGUCUGCAGCGUCCUGCUGCUGCUCUCCGUCGUGGCCCUGUUUGUCUUUUGCACCAAGAGCCGGCGCGCUGAGCGCUACUGGCAGAAGACGCUGCUGCAGAUGGAGGAAAUGGAGUCUCAGAUCCGAGAGGAAAUCCGCAAAGGCUUUGCCGAGCUGCAGACGGACAUGACGGACCUGACCAAGGAGCUGAACCGCAGCCAGGGCAUCCCCUUCCUGGAGUACAGGCACUUCGUGACCCGCACCUUCUUCCCCAAGUGCUCCUCCCUUUACGAAGAGCGUUACGUGCUGCCCUCCCAGACCCCCGGCUCCCCAGGCGGCUCCCCCACCCCCGAGACCCACCCGCUGCUGGGGGAGUGGAAGAUCCCCGAGGACCGCCGGCCCAGCAUGGAGGAGGGCGUCAGCCUGUUCUCCUCACUCAUCAGCAACAAGCACUUCCUCAUCAUCUUCGUCCACGCGCUGGAGCAGCAGAAGGACUUUGCAGUGCGAGACAGGUGCAGCUUGGCCUCCCUGCUGACCAUCGCGCUGCACGGCAAGCUGGAGUACUACACGGGCAUCAUGAAGGAGCUGCUGGUGGAUCUCAUCGACGCCUCGGCCUCCAAGAACCCCAAGCUCAUGCUGCGGCGCACCGAGUCGGUGGUGGAGAAGAUGCUCACCAACUGGAUGUCCAUCUGCAUGUACAGCUGCCUGCGGGAGACGGUGGGAGAGCCCUUCUUCCUGCUGCUGUGCGCCAUCAAGCAGCAGAUCAACAAGGGCUCCAUCGACGCCAUCACCGGCAAGGCCCGCUACACGCUCAACGAGGAGUGGCUGCUGCGGGAGAACAUAGAGGCCAAGCCCCGGAACCUGAACGUGUCCUUCCAGGGCUGUGGCAUGGACUCGCUGAGCGUGCGGGCCAUGGACACGGACACGCUGACGCAGGUGAAGGAGAAGAUCCUGGAGGCCUUCUGCAAGAACGUGCCCUACUCCCAGUGGCCCCGGGCGGAGGAUGUGGACCUCGAGUGGUUUGCCUCCAGCACUCAGAGCUACAUCCUGAGGGACCUGGACGACACGUCGGUUGUGGAGGAUGGGCGCAAGAAGCUGAACACGCUGGCCCACUACAAGAUCCCGGAAGGAGCCUCCCUGGCCAUGAGCCUCACGGACAAGGACACCACCCUGGGCAGAGUGAAAGACUUGGACACGGAGAAGUAUUUCCAUUUGGUGCUGCCCACGGACGAACUGGCAGAGCCCAAAAAGUCCCACCGCCAGAGCCACCGCAAGAAGGUGCUCCCGGAGAUCUACCUGACCCGCCUGCUGUCCACCAAGGGCACGCUGCAGAAGUUUCUGGAUGACCUGUUCAAGGCCAUCCUGAGCAUCCGGGAAGACAAGCCCCCUCUGGCUGUGAAGUACUUCUUCGACUUCCUGGAGGAGCAGGCCGAGAGGAGGGGGAUCUCAGACCCAGACACACUGCACAUCUGGAAGACCAACAGCCUGCCUCUUCGCUUCUGGGUGAACAUCCUGAAAAACCCCCAGUUCGUCUUCGACAUCGAGAAGACGGACCACAUAGAUGCCUGCCUCUCAGUCAUUGCCCAGGCCUUCAUCGACGCCUGCUCCAUCUCUGACCUGCAGCUGGGCAAGGACUCGCCCACCAACAAGCUCCUGUAUGCCAAGGAGAUCCCCGAGUACCGCAAGAUCGUGCAGCGCUACUACAAGCAGAUCCAGGACAUGACGCCCCUCAGCGAGCAGGAGAUGAACGCCCACCUGGCCGAGGAGUCCAGGAAAUACCAGAACGAGUUCAACACCAAUGUGGCCGUGGCAGAGAUCUACAAAUAUGCCAAGAGGUAUCGCCCCCAGAUCAUGGCGGCCCUGGAGGCCAACCCCACGGCCCGCAGGACGCAGCUGCAGCACAAAUUCGAGCAGGUGGUGGCGCUGAUGGAGAACAACAUCUACGAAUGCUACAGCGAGGCCUGAGUGCAGGGAAGCGCGGUGCCACCACCGAGAGGCCCGACCUGCGCCCCGGCCCCGCCAACUCAGCUGCAGGCCGCUGAGCCCGAAGGAGGUGCUGGCCGCACCCACGCUGCCCCUCUGCCCACCUCAGGCCUGGCACUGGGACGGGGCCUUCCGCCUAGCCACCACUACCCCUUUUCAGCGGCUUGGCCCAGCCGAGAGCCAGGCUCCGCCACGGGAGAAGAGGCCACCGUCCAGACUCGCUACCUCACCCAUCCUGGUGGGGCCUCGGUCCACCAACAUGCUCUGCGACCUGCCCACAGACCGUGCCAAGCAGGGAUGGGUCUGCGUGGCUCCGGGGGCCGCUGGCAGAGGCGGCAAUGCCUGCUGCCUGCAGGGAGGGGCAGAAAAAGGGGACGCGGGGCUGCUGGUACCCGGGGAGGGGUGGGAGGCUGGGCCGCACCACGCUGUAGCCAGGCUACUUGAUCUUUCUGGAAAUGUUUCUAAAGAUAGCACCACUUUGGGGGGUUUUGUUUUUUUGUUUUUUGUUUUUUUAAAAAAAGCUUUUAUAUAUUAAAAAACAAACUCACGCCACACGCCAACUGUGAAUCGCUGCCGCUUGUGCAGAGGAGCCGGCCGGCCCCAGGGCUCCCGGCAACACUGGAAAGGACCGCGCCGCGGAUGGCAGGCCCGGAAAACGCCGACGGGUUCACCAGGCUCCCUGCUGCAGGCCUGGCCAGACCCAAGGGAGCUGGACGGGAGGGCUGGAACUCUCUGGAACCUUCUUUAUAAUAAAAGCCUGCCAGGAAA